AUGAUCCUCAAGACCCUCAAAGAACGCUAUAUGACGACUUUCCCGAAGGCAGAUUCGACAUUAAUUAACGGGAAAGGGCGAUAUCCCAAAGGCAAACCAGCAGCUCUUUCAGUCGUCAAUGUCGAGUAUGGAAAACGCUAUCGCUUGCGUCUUAUAUCCAUCACAUGUGAUGGCUCCUAUACCAUUUUCAUAGACAAGCAUCCCUUUACUGUGAUUGAAGCUGACGGUCAAAGUGUCGUCCCUGUCAGAGCUAUCGACGCUUUGACGAUCUUUGCAGGGCAGCGCUAUUCUGUGGUCAUUGUCGCUAACCAACCGAUCGGUAAUUACUGGAUAAGAGCGCAGCGCGGCGUCGUUCAAGGCAACGUUGAUCCUUUUGAGGGAGGACUUAACUCUGCUAUCUUGCGCUACAAGGGCGCUGAGGAGGUCGAACCUGUACCGAUUCCAUAUAUUCCACCCAACCGUGUUCUCCGUGAGACGGAGCUACACGCUCUAAUUGAUCCUGAAGCUCCUGGAAAACCAGAACAAGAUGGUGGGGACGUAAACCUUCACUUCUCCAUUACCUACGACGAGAAGACGAAGAUGUUCCUUACCAAUGGUAAAUAUUUCCAGCCUCCAAAGGUACCUGUGUUACUCCAGCUUUUGUCUGGAACACCUCCGGAAGAGCUCCUCCCGGAAGGAUCGAUUUUUACCCUUCCUCGGAACAAAACCAUAUCCAUCUCAAUGCUUCCUGGAGAAUUUGAUACGCCGCAUCCAUUCCAUUUACAUGGGCAUACCUUCAGUGUUGUACGAAGUGCCAACACGACGGAUGAUCCUGCUCCUAAAUACAACUAUCGCGAUCCCGUACGUAGGGAUACCGUCAAUCUUGGCAAGGUAGAUUCAGGAAGCAAUGUUACCAUUCGCUUCAGAACCGAUAACCCUGGACCUUGGAUCUUUCACUGUCAUGUUGAUUGGCAUCUUGAGAGAGGCAUGGCGAUCGUAUUUGCCGAGGCUCCUGAAGAAGCGCGCAAGGAGAUACACCCACCUGAGGAAUGGCAUUAUCUUUGCCCAGUCUUUGAUAAUCUUCCUGAAUCCUUGACGUCGAUAUCUACAGUAGCUAUCCCACCUCCUACGGCAACAACCAUCGAGCCAACUCCCUUCAUAAACCUCCUUUAA